GAGUCAUGAUAGUAUCGAAUUUUUUUCAUAAACAUAAUUGAAUUGUCCCUCGUUAUUAAAAUGUUUUAUUUUUGAUAAUUCUGCAACUGUUUGACUUCGAUUUUCAAUUAAAAGGAGUAAUUUUAUAUGAUUUGGAACGGUUGUUUUCGCGUCUUACGUAUGGUCUGUUGUCCUUAAAAAUAUGUCUUAAUUGGGAGAGCUAGAGAGUUUCAAAUGAUUGAAAACACCAGAUCAAAAGUAAUAUAUCACUUGGUUGUAUAUGGAGAACUCGGAAAAACGAAUAUAUCCUGGCAACAGAGACUCGUCCCACAACGCCAGUAGCAGCAGCAUCAGAAACAGCGUCAAACCGGCGUCAAUGCAUGUUGAUAUGUUGUUGUCCAAGAACGAAAGAACACACGGGCCACACGGUCACGGCGGCAUUAAUGAAAUGCUGCGCGAGAGAAAUUGGACAGGUAAAUGGCGGGGAUACCCAGUGACGAUGAAUCAUGCCGCAAAGUAUCGAGAGAAAAUACUGUACCCACGAAUUCUUCGAUGUAUGAGGGAGAGUCGAACAAGAGGUCAUCACAUUGCGAUGCGUCAUAUGGGACGAACUAGCAGUGGAAAAACAUGGACGAAAUAACUAUUCAGAGACCGAGAGCAAAAUCGAUCAGAAAGACGAGUGAUGACGUCUUUAACCGUGCGCC